CUAGAAACUAUUGAAGAUCACACUACCUAAUGCUUGCUAUUCCAUGUUACAGAAGUGGUGCGCGAAGUUUCCAAUCCGAAAGCAAGGGGUGGACAAGCAGCUGCUUAUGCCACCAUUAACGUAACACUAAGUGAGGCUUAUCAAAGGAGUAUUCUUUUAUAACAAUUGCAAGAAUUUUAACAUGGAGAAGAAAACGAUGGACUGCUGCUUGUUCUUCUUCCGGUUCAUUAACAUCCUGACUUCCUUAAGCGCCAUCCUCUGUCUGGUAGCGUUUUCAAUGGCGAUCGUUGUUGGACCGCCCUUCACGGACAAGGAAAGUUGCAAGGUGCAAUUGCUACGGUUAUACGGCGUCUUCUUCGCUGCCGGGCUGGCGCUUAUAGAAGCGGAGUGGGAAUGGCUGAUGCAGUUCUGCCGCAUUAUGGAAUUCUGGCUUGCUCGGGGUGCUUGCCAGGCCUUCCUAGCCAUCAUGACCCUAGAGCUGGUGCACAGCAACGGUAACAGCGACUUUGAUAGAUCGGUACGACUGUACCGCACCGUUAGCGGUUUAUGCCUGCUGGGCUGCUCGGGCUUCUACAUCCUGGGCGGCAUCACGUGCUUGGGCACCCUGCGGAACGCCCGCUACAAGCGGUUUGUGGAACGGUUACGAGUGGAGCGAGACCUGGAGAGCUUGGACAAGCAGCGGGAGGAGCUCAACCGGCUGCUGGCGGUGUACAGCAAGGAGUGAGGGAAAGAGGGUGACCCAUGGGUCAGGAGGGAGCGAAUGGCAGGCGGGAAGGGGCAAGAAGGAGGGCAGGGGCGGAAGGGGGGGAAGGGAGUAGCUGAAUUUGCUGUUGGCGGUGUAAGGAGUGAGAGCAACCCAUGGGUCAGGAGACCGCGUGGGGCGCAGUCGUUGCUUGCAGGUUGGUUGUCUCGCCAGUCAUUACUCGCGUUGUGCGUGCGUCUCGUAGAACAUAGGCAUUUAACGAAUGGAAACAAACGCAAAGCGUACCUCUCUUAUGAAUGCAUCCUUGGGGUUAUGUAGGGGGAUGUUGGUGAGUAGCGCUGGUGUGGGUGAAUGGUAGGGGAUGCUGGGUAUGGGCAUGCCUGGGUGGUUGGCUGCAGGGCCGCCCAGAUCAGCGUUAGAGCCAUCGUAGGUUGUGUUAGAGCAUUGUCAGUGGAGGGAGCGAGGGGCUGUUGCAUAUGUGCCACUUAAGGUACCGGUAGCGUUGUAAGAGCUUAUUGGCUGUUGUACUGUUUUGGGUUGAACUGAUUGCGUUGCUUUUCAUGUUGACUGCGGCCUUUUGGCAAUCGUUGUAGCCUGAUGUGUUUGUGCCUAGAAAGGAUGUUGUCCAAGACAGAUGGGGCUGGUUUUAUUCUUGCUUUUCAACGCAUCAAACUCCUCUUUUCCCUAGGCAUGUCGUCUUGUUGUCCAAUUGCAAUGAAGUGAGCGCAAAGGUAACCAGCUUUCAGGGCCGUGUUACUAGCAGGAGCGUGAGAGUGCCCGCGGGUUUGGCGCUGGGCAGCCGAGGCUGUGUCCUCUCCCGUUCCUACGGUACGGGCGCUUGUAGCUGUCAUAAGAC